AUCUGACACGCAUGAUGCUGCUGAAGAUGAGAGGAAGUGCUCACUGCCUCAAUGUCGCCUUCCUCUGAAUCCCUAUCCAUCCGUCUUUGGCUCGGCAACAUCUCAGCACCACUCCAACGUAAUCCACCGCAGUCAGAUUGGUCUCAUCUCUACGGAGUGCCAGGGCUGAAUUCAGAUGGUGAACAGUGAGUAAGGACUCCGGGAACUCCUGCCAAAGAGAGAGUCAGACGAGAAAAGUGAUCCGUCCAGGGACACACUGGGACUCAGUGUGGUCCGAGACGAGGGCGGUGAGCCUGAGAGGUAAGAUGAGUCUGAACAACGGUCAAAGUCUGAGUGUGGGUGGACGGGACUUGACCGGGAAUGGCAGCAGCAGCAGUGGAGCCCCCUGGGAAGACACCGGGACAUCUUUAAAGCCCACCACCCCAACUCAGAGACCCAAAUCACCCAAGCCGGAGAACGCCAUCACCAUCGCCGUGUCGACCCGGGUCCUCUUCAACAUGGAGAAGGAGCAGCAGAUCUACGAGCGUCAGGGUUUGGAGGAGUACAUCAAGUACCAGGUGGAGCAUGAAACGGAGCCGUUCAGCCCAGGACCCGCUUUCUCCUUCGUCAAGGCUCUGGAGGCUGUGAACACUCAGCUGAGGGAGCUUUAUCCUGACAGCGAGGAGCUCUUUGACGUCGUGCUCAUGACCAACAACCACGCAUACGUCGGCCUGAGACUCAUCAAUACCAUCAAUCACUACCAGUUGUUCAUCGAGCGUUUCUGCAUGACCGGAGGAAACAGUCCAAUCGGCUACCUGAAGGCCUACCACACCAACCUCUACCUGUCUGCCGACGCAGCCAAGGUCCACGAAGCUCUGGAAGAGGGUAUCGCAGCAGCCACCAUGUUCACCCCCGAGAAGAUGAAGGAAGUGUCAGAGACCCAGCUGCGGGUCGCCUUUGACGGAGACGCCGUCCUCUUCUCAGACGAGUCCGAGCGGAUUUAUAAAGCUCACGGACUGGACAAGUUCUUUGAGCACGAGAAGGAGCAUGAAAACAAGCCUCUGGACCACGGGCCACUGAAGGGCUUCUUGGAGGUUUUAGGAAAGCUACAGAAGAAAUUUUACGGCAAGGGCCAGCGAAUGGCCUGCCCCAUCAGGACCUACCUGGUGACGGCCCGCAGCGCCGCCAGCUCUGGCACCAGAGCCCUGAAGACUCUGCGCUCCUGGGGUCUGGAGAUAGACGAGGCUCUUUUUCUCGCUGGGGCUCCCAAGGGCCCGAUGCUGGAAAAGAUCAGGCCGCACAUCUUCUUCGAUGACCAGAUGUUUCACGUGGAGGGGGCGGCGGAGAUGGGGACGGUGGCGUGCCAUGUUCCCUACGGCAUCGCCCAGAGAGCUGCCAAGAGAGGAAGAAAGGGUGAAGAGACUCCUUCAGGACUCAAGUAGCCGGGACGCCGACGUGCAGACGCU